AAUGUCUUUGUUCUCCGCCAAUAACAACACAAGAAGAAAAAGAACAACAACAAACAGCGCGAACUCUUCAGUCCUCAGGUGUUCUGUGUGUUUGAUACAGUCACCCAUAGCGCAUAACAAUGAGCUGUGACAUAAAGAUGGAGUUUAUUAAGGAGGAGAUUGAUGAUGAUGACACAUGCCAUCAGUGUGGAAAGAGCUUCACAAGUAAAAGAAACCUUGAAGAACACAUGAGAAUUCACACUGGAGAGAAACCAUUCACAUGCCCUCAGUGUGGAAAGAGCUUCGCACGUAAAAGAUGCUUUAUGCUUCACAUAAGGAUUCACACCGGAGAGAAGCCGUUUGAGUGUCAGCAGUGUGAAAAGAGUUUCGCAAGUCGAGGAACCCUUAACAUUCACCUAAGCGUUCACAGUAUUGACAAACCAUUCAAAUGCCCUGAGUGUGAAAAAAAGUUUUGGACGUAAAGACCACUUCAAUCGUCACAUGAGAACUCACACUGGAGAAAAUCCAUUCUCAUGUCCUCAUUGUGAGAAGAGUUUUUCAACUAAAACUCACCUUGAUAGUCACGUACGAAUUCACACUGGAGAGAAGCCGUUCACAUGUGAUCAGUGCGGGAAGAGUUACAAAUGGUCAAAUAGUCUCCGAAUUCAUAAACUCUUUCACUCUGGAGAAAAGCCAUUUAAGUGUGAUCAGUGCGAUAAGAGGUUUGUUCUGGAGUCAGACCUGAAGGCUCACAUGAAAACUCACACUAAAGAGAAGCUUUACUUGUGCUCUGUUUGUGGAAAGAGUUUUUCAUGGCGGUUACGUUUUAAAGACCAUAUGAAAAUACACUCUGGUGUGAAAGAGUAUUUGUGCACAGAUUGUGGUAAAGCCUUUACUGCAGCCACUCAGCUGAAAGUGCACCGCAGGAUCCACACUGGAGAAAAACCGUACAAGUGUUCACACUGUGACAAGAGUUUCAAACAGUCUGGAGCCCUAAAAGACCAUGAGAGAAUUCACACUGGAGAGAAACCGUUUCAGUGCCGUCAGUGCGGCAGGAGAUUCACCCAUUCCAAAACUGCACUGAUGCACACAAAGAAGCAUUGCCCAAAAUUGCCAAAAAAUUAAGAAACUAGACCUUAAGAUCUCAACAGGUACUGAGUGCUAAAUUAUUGCCCCUUUUUAAUCUUACAAGGUCAUUUUUGAUUCAAAAUGUGAAAAAUGUUCAAACAUGCCUUACUGAGUAUUGUCUUUCACAAAAUUAUUUGUGCAGAAGUUACAGAUCUUCAUUAAUUUAGUGUGAGGUUAACUGAAUUUACUUCACUGAUCAGGUUGAGGUCUGAGGUUAAUUGGGUCAAUGAAAUAAUUACCUGAAAAGGAACAAAAUGAGAUCCAGCUUGUUAAAACAUCUACUUGUAGAGAUGGACUUUUAUUAAAACAAAUAUUCCACCCUGA